CGCAAGAUCCCAGACCUACCUGACGGGUCUGUCAGGGACUGAAGAUCGUGAAGCAAUAGCCUAAGUGUGGGUCCAUCUCAUUUCCCCAAGUUUCCAAGCAUGACGAAAGUGGAAGAAAUAAAAAAAAAACCCAAAAGACUGCCUCCCUCAGGAUCAGUGGGCCAGGAGCCCCUUGUGUGUGCCGACUCCCCUAUGACUAGGCCCAAGAGUUCAGCUGCCACCCUGACUUGUCCCGCCCCUAAGCUCAGCACCAAAGCUACCAGCACCUCUCAAGGACUUGACUGGGCGACCAGGGAGGGAUUGCCAAAGACUGAGGCCAAACGUAAGCUUGUAGACAGAAAGAAGAUUGGUAGUGGCUGUAGGAGGAAAAUCAGAUCAUCUGGCUCCCAAAAAGAGCCGAAAAGGGUCCUGUCCCUGCAAAGGAGCAGCCCCUGCCCCCUGCCCAGUGGCACAUCCAUCCUUUCACCUAACCUGGACCAAGUUUUCCUGGAAAAGCAGGUAGAAAGUGUUCCUGGCCCACCUGUUUGCAGUGAAAAGAGAAAAACCCGCUCCGUGGGGAGGCCUAGGCUUCGUCCGCCCACCUCCCAUGCAGAGCGCUGGUCCAUCCCUGGGCCAAAUAAGCCAAGCCGAGACCCUGGAGUCUGUGGCCUCAAACCUGCGUGUGAGCAGGAGCCCCCUGUGCCACCUGAGAAGAAGAAGGUACCCCGGCAGAAGCCACGGGGAUGGAGAAAGGAAGGGAAGCAGACGGGAAAGAAGCUGAGGUCCCUGUCGCUCGGCUCUGGCCAGGCCCCUUCUCUGCCAGCCCUUUCGGGCCCCUGCCAGAUGUCCAGUCCUGACAGGUUGGAGGGGAACCAGUCCAGUGAGAGUGAGAGAGUGAAGCAGGUGGACAUCCUGACAGCUUGUUUGGCCAGAGAGGCGCGACACCUCCAGCAGUGGAAGAAAAAGCAUUUGCUUCCAGGCGUGCGGGAGAAGUCGGGGCCCCAGCCCAGCCUCCGGAAGUCCCCCUGGUUGGAAAAGUUGGCCAGAGCUGUGAAGGCUGAGUCCCAAGGCCUGGGUCCCGCCCAGCAUUUCCCAGGCUCUCUGCAUGCUGCAGAAUCGCAGGCCCUGCAGGACAUGGGGCAGUUCUUUACCAUCGACAGCAAGAACGUGGGCCGUGCCAUCUGCACUUUGUGUCAUGUCAGCGUCAGACAGGGCAAAACAAAGCGGCGGUCCCAAACCUUGGGCCUCAUCCGCCACUUGGCAAGUAAGCAUGGGCUGAAGUGGGCGAGAAGGGCAACCCCUGCCAGCCAAGGGGAGGGCACGAGGAGGGCACAGGAGAUGCAGCAGAAGGGCUCGUCCAUGGGUCCUGCCAGCCUUGCCCUGGGGGGCCUCCCGUCUCCAAGACACUGCCCAGAAGGCAGUGACAGGGAGCUGGCUCCGGGCAGGCCAGAGCAGCUGUUGCUGGCCCCACCACCCCUGCCUGCUUCCCCCACAGCAGUCGGGGACAACGGAGGUGGCACCUGUACCCCCAGGCAGCCCGGCGCACAGGCCUGGAACCACAGCAUCACAGAGCUGCUCUGCAGCCUGGCCUUGCCGCUCUCCAUUGUUUCGUCCCGGCCCUUCAGGAGGUUUAUGGCCCAGGUAGAUCCUUGCUACUGCCUGCCCUCUCCAGCCUUCUUCUCCUGCAAAGCCUUGCCUCUGCUGCACGAGGCUGUGGGCGAGCAGGUGCUUCAGGAGAUGCAGUGGGCCGAGGGGGGUCGCGUGCACCUCGCUGUCACCAUGGCGGCCCGGGACUCCCUUGUGAAGUACAUGGUCAUCACUGCCCACUGGGGGGUAGCACCACCGGGCGGCAGGCUGGCAGGGGGACUGCGGAAGCGAGCCGUGCUCUUGGUGCGAGGCCUGCCCCUGGAGGGAACCAUGGAGGACCAGCAGCUGGAGGUGCUGGAGCAGGCCGGCCUGUGGCUUGGCCGUGGCUCCCUGCAGGCGGGCUUCCUGGUAUCGAGUGGCUGCCCCAGCCUGGAGCAGGCGGCCAAGGAUGACGGCUAUACUCACAUCCCUUGUUUCGCCCACUGCCUCGACUCCCUGGUGAGAAACUUUCUGCGUCACCACCACAGUGUCCAGAUCAUCCUGGACACUGCCAGGACCAUCUGCAGCCAUUUCCAGGGCUCCGCAGAGGCCCAGGGGCUCCUCGCCCAGCUCCAGCGUCAGUGUGGCCUCCCAGCCCACCAGCCCUUUGAGGAGCUCUCAGACCACUGGGUCUCGGCCUGCCACCUGCUGGAGUGGCUGGUGGAGCAGCAGCAGCCCCUUCAAGAGUACGAGGUCAGGCACCAGCUAGGGAAGGCUGGUACCGCUUUGUCGGCCACAUUCUGGGGCCUGGCUGACAGUCUUGUCAAGCUCCUGCAGCCCUUCCAGAUGGCGGUCCGCGAGGCGAGUGCGGCGCAGGCCUCUCUGAGCCAGGUGCUGCCCCAGCUGCGCUACCUGCACAUCUUCCUGGAGCAGGUUCACGGACACUUUCAGGAGCAGAGUGUCGGAGAGGCGGGCGCAGCUGUCCGGCUGGCUGAGGGGUUGGCCCUGCAGCUCUGCACCGACUGUCAGCUCAAUGAGCUCUUCUACCGCGAGGAGUUCGUGCUGGCCACCUUGCUGGAUCCCCGCUUCAAGGGCAAGAUUGAGGCCAUCCUGCCCGUGGGGGCUGACAUUGACCACUGGAAGCAAGUCCUUGUGUACAAGGUGAAGGAGAUUAUGGUGUCUGAAUACUCUUUGACCAUCCCAAGCCCCUUGCAAAGCCGCGGGGUAGCCAAGAGCCCCAAGGUGGCAGGGAAGAGCCAGGGAGAGCAUCUACAGAGUAGCGGCCGCUCUGGGGCCUUUCUGCUUGCCCAGAGGGAGAAGUGCUUGCUGGAGCGACUGGAGAGCGUGGGGCUGCUGGCCUCCAAGAGCAGCGGGGGCUCGCUGUCCACUGAGAACCACUUGGCCAGCAUCACCGUCAAGAAGUACCUGCGGGAGAAUGAGACCAUUGGAGCCCAGGAUGACCCCCUGGCUUACUGGGAGAAGAAGCGAGCAGCCUGGCCAGCCCUGGCCAGACUGGCCACCAUCUAUCUGUCUUGCCCCCCGACGGGAGCCUUCUCUGAAAGCGUCUUUGCCUCCCUGAACAGCCCCACCCUUGUAGAACAAAACUCUUCUCUCGAGGUGGAGGCCAUUGAGCAUCUCCUCUUCCUGAAGACCAACCUGGAACACUUCCCAAACUAUACCCCGCCUCCCCUUGUCUGCUCCAGUGGUGACCUGGCCGAAGGGGAACAGAGCCUGCAGUCUGCUCAGGGUGGGAAGGCAGACAUGGCAGGUGCCAGUGCCCACCCUGCCAUGAACUCCUAGAGAUCCCCUGCCUGUAGUAGGUCAAAGCAGAGAGCAGGGUGUUGCAUCCUGAGCGUCACAUGCUGAUGGCCAGAAUCUUUAACCUAUUUGGUAAGAAUGGGUCAGUUUCUCCCUUCUUGGCAGAUAGCCGUAUUUUUUUCCUGGGAGAUGUCAUUUUCCAUCUCCCCAUUGCCUCCUUUAUGUCUAGUGGUAUGUGCUGAGAAGAGGCUUACUCUUCGUAGUUGACUGAAUUUUGUACUGCAUGGCUUUGUACAUGUGAUGCUCUGUUAAAACAUAAGUGGGUGUGAAGGACCUUGCCUACACCUUGCUGUGCAGAUAAGUGGAUACAUGCCCUUGAGAGGCUUGCUUUCUCAGAGUGGCCAAGGAUGUGGAAUGGGCAUUUGCUGGCAGGUGGGAUAUAUCCUCAGCCUCUGGGGACCUGGGUAAGCUAUUGCAGCACUUUCUGAGGCUUUCACUGUAGGGGAAGGAAUCCCAGGGUAGAAUAGCCAUUUCCAGAGCUGAAGUGCACACAUACCCAACACACCAGUCUUUCUGGGGAUUUCAGAGUGGCCAGCUAGCCAGGAGAGCUGAGACACCAGUCCUCAAAUGGCCUGUUUACCAAUAAUCUAUUUCCAGACUACUGGAAACCUUGGGGUUUCUCCUUCCAGUGACAGCAGCCUCAGUCGCUCUCCUGGGCUCUUGGCGGCUGUACACCCUGCCAGCCAUCACUCUUGCCCCUGCUUGCCCUGGGCCGUUUUUAAAGAGGACGUCCCUUAUUGGAGAAGAGAAAGGAUGUGUGUAGCACACGCUCAUCCUGGAUUGCUCAGAGUUCCUUUAGGGUAGAGCUGAGGGCCUGGGAUCCAGGGACCAGUGGGAUUGGACAGGAGAAGCAGGAAGGGGAGAGGCUCGUUACCCCCACAAGACUUGCAUCCAGGUAGCCUGAGGGUUCCUGGUCACUAGGCACGGUGGCUGCUGAGAUGCAAGUUGGAAGAGGCAGGGACAGGCUCCAGGCCUAACUUGGAGCAUGUCACUGCCCAUGGGGUGAGGAGACAGACUCUCCCCUCACUGGCUGGCAGCCCCAGGAGCCUGUUCCCUCACCUCUCCUGGAUGGGUUGUUAGUCCUGUGUUUCACUGUGACCAGUUCAUUGUGACAUUUGCAUAUUGCUGAAGAUGUAAAAGCGGGAAAAACUACAUUCCUUUCAUUCAGAUAUGGCCUCUGUCAAUAGUUCGACAUUUUCCCCUUUUUUACAUUGAGAUGAUACCCUAGGUACUGUUUAGUAUGCAGCAUUUUCGUUUUCACAGCAUAAUAAUUGCACCUUUUAAAUAAAGCUUUGUAAACAU